GAACGAAAUAAUGUCUGGUGAACUCAAUCAUCUUUUAGAAAACGUUCUUUUGGACACUGGAGGAUUAGGACGCUUCCAAUUUAUCAUAAUUGCUGUAAUUAACCUUGCUAAAUUUCCAUUUACGUGGUCUGUGCUGAUGAUGACAUUUGGGGGCGCUACGCCUGACUGGUGGUGUGGGGAUUUUGGAAACUCUUCAAUGUUGGAGGAAGAUAAGGAUGCUGGAAACAAGUCUGCAAUUUCGUUGUCAUUCAAACAGUGCAGUGUGAACGAUUCUAGUGAGUGUAGUGCUGUGCAUUUUGACCCCGAAAUGAAUACUAUCAUUAGCGAGUGGCGAUUAAUCUGCCGAGAGAGCUGGGUGCCGGGGAUCGUCACGAGUAUUCAGAUGGCGGGGCUGUUUAUCAGCGGGUACCUGUCGGGACAGCUGUCCGACAUGUUUGGAAGAAAACCGAUUAUCUUCAUAUCCAUUCUUCUCCAAGCAGUGGCUAAUUUUAUAGCCUCCUUCUCCACCUCGUGGCAGAUGUUUGCCAGUCUAAGAUUUGCUAUUGGCAUCGCUUCCGGUUUAUUCCUUGCCAGUUAUUUGACGUUUAUCAUUGAGUUCACACCCAUGAAAUCGCGCCCCAUGAUCCAGGCUAUCCCUUCCUGGUCUCUAGCUGCUGCUUUCUAUGGACUCCUGGCCUGGUUGCUCCCUGACUGGCGGUAUAUACAGAUAGUGACGGGGGCUGUAUCUGUGCCUUUUCUCGCCUGUUGGUUCAUCAUUCCAGAAAGUUUUCGAUGGAUAGUCUCCCACAAGAAGAUGGAUGAAGCCAAAAAAGUAAUAGAUAGAAUCGCCAAAAUAAACAAAGUGUCGUGUCCUAGCCUCCAGGAAGUAGAGGGCGCUGUAGAGAAGUCAAACAUCAUCGACCGGAAGUACACAUUGGUCGAUAUUUGUAGACACGGGUAUCUGCUGAAAAGAGCGGUUAUCGUGUCUUUUGCUUGGAUGGCGAUGGCCUAUACAUAUUAUGGGAUUUCUUUUGGUGUGGACAAGUUGUCCGGAAGUCUAUAUAUCAACAUAUUUGUUCUCAGCUGCUUGGAAAUUCCGGGAGAUUUUCUUGCAUGGUAUAUCAUGAAAAAGAUAGGGAGGCGGUGGUCCUACAUGUUGUUUAGUUUACUCUCAGCAGUUGGGUGUAUUGCCGUGGGAUUGGCGAAGAAUUUUGAUUUUAACAAAAGUUGGGCCGUUAUUAAUGGAUUUGCCUUUGUGGCCAAGCUUGCCUGUGGGAUUGCUUGGUCUUGUUUGUUAAUCAUCACCACUGAAUGCUACCCAACUGUAUUAAGAACCACUGGGUACGGGUUAGCCAGCUCGAUGAGUAGGAUCGGUCCUAUUUUGGCCCCUUUGGCCCUCAGCACAAGCGCCACCUAUAAGGGCUUCCUGUACUUCACUUGUGGAGUUGUGACGUGUAUUUCCGGUUUGUCUAUUUUCUGUAUCAACGAGACAAAUGACCGCGCACUAGAGGACCUAAUAGGCGCGAAUCAAAUGGAAGUGCCACGCAAAGUGACCGAAAGAGGGAUACAAAUUACAAAUACCAAAGACUAUUAGAACCAAAAAAAAAAAAAAAAAAUUAUAGUGUUGAGUCAAACUAAUAAUGUGUAUUGUGAUCCUGAAAGAACAAGCAUUCUGAGAGUAUUGCAUUAGCAAUACUAGUCCCCUACCGGCAAGUGUAAUCUGGUUCCCAUCAAAAAUUUAAAGUGUUGUAAUUCCGUUUUAAAAAAAAUCAUUGAAGCGGAACGUAAUACAAAAUUUAUUUGUAACUCAUCAAGAUACAC